AAUUUAAUAUUUAUCAAAAACAUGAUAAAAUAUGAAUGUUAACAUUUGCUUAUCAGAUGAGUAACGUUUUAAUCACGCUAAAUAAGGUCGAAGGAGUUUUCCGGAUAUAUAAUCCAACCAUACUACACUGUUUUGAUCUAUAAAUCAUUUUCCGGUAUAGUGUGGAUUGUAUUUUUAUUAUGUAAAAACCGUAUGAUAUUUAAAUGGAACAACAAAUUAACCGAGCACAUGUUUUUGAUUUUAAUAUAAAUAUUGUGUAGUCCAAUGGUUGCAUAAUCGAAAAAGUUAGAAACUGGAGUGUUGUAUUAUUUUUAAAAUAAUAAUUAAAGUCCAGUUCCUUGUUUUGUGUAUGGUAGUUGUGCGUGACUGUAGUGAUAAGUCCUAGAAGCUCAAGGCUGACGAGUGACGGCUAUACAAGUAUUCAAGUAUUCAGUAAUCGUUAAUCAGCACCUGUAUGAGCGGGCGCACGUUGUACUUCUCGAAUUUGUGUUCGAUGAAUUAGUUUGACCUACUUAGGUGUGUUUAUGUAACAUGAGAAGAAACAUUAUUGAACAAAAAUUAUCGUGAUUUUGUGACUUGUAGCUAUCCGUCCUUCAACAAUGACAAACUGAUCUCAAUAUCGAUUCUGAUUGAGCAGAUACAAAAAUGGCAAGAUAUUUUGAAAAUACCACUGUGUUUAACUUUUCUUGGGAUCAGGUAGCACUUGGUUACUGGAGGAGGUAUCCCAACCCUCAGAGUUCCCAUGUGCUCUCAGAAGAUACCUGGUGUAGAUAUGUUAAAGAUGGUUGCUUGUACACAAAGAGGCUUCUCACUAAGACAAAUAGGGUGCCCAAGUGGGGGGAGAGAUUCUUCAAUGCAAAAUCAGUGAAAAUAGUAGAAGAGAGCAUUGUUGACCCCAAGGAGAAAGUCCUCAUCACAUAUACCAGGAACUUGGGAUACACUAAAGUUAUGAGUGUGGUGGAGCGCGUGGAGUACCGGCCGACGGGCGCCGGCCAGACGGUGGCUCGGCGCUCGGCCUGGGUCGACUCGCAGGUGUUCGGGUUCUCGCGCGCCAUCCGAGCGUUCGGCGUGGAGCGGUUCAAGAAGAACGCCUCACACAUGGUUAAUGGGUUCAAUUACGUCCUUAACAACUUGUACCCGCGACAAACACAUCAACACAGCAGUGCCGCGGUGGCCACGCUCAAGGAGAUGAGAGAUGCAGCCGCCGCAGCCACUGACCGAGCCAAAGCCAAUGUGCUGUCUUCUGUCAACACUUCAUAACCCGACUAGAAACGCCAUGUAAGUUUUGGUCCUUCGAGCCGGACCAAACUAUAGAAAAAUGCUGUGGUCUUUUUGUGUAAUAAUUUUUAUUAUACGUUCUUUAGGCUUUCCUCGUGGACUCGAUAUAGACCAAACUGAAUAAAAGGGAAUAGUGUGCUAUAUUUAGUUUUGUUCCAAAGUAUUUAUUCUAAAAUUUAUUUAUCUGACGAUUAAAUAAAAAAAUAUUUUGCCAUUUGUAAACAUGUAUCAAAAUAUAGGAUAUUAGAGUGUGGUUCGAAGCGGCGAAUGAACAAUGGAUUUAAAGCAGCAUUUUGUAUGCCUGAAAAUACAAUGAAUUCGGUUGAAUAGAAGUUAUUGAAGCUCGAUUAAGUGUUGGAAAACUAUUGUAUCUAACACUUAAUCUGUGUGAAUGUUUAUAGAGUUACCUCACUUUGUGUCAACAUGACGAACAUAGGCAUUGUACACGUAAGGUAAUGUUCUUUACUUUGUAAAAUCUGUGUCACUAGAGUAGAUAAUAUACCCUUUAAUCCCACGUGUAUGGACACAGGGAUAAAGUUUUGUCAUAUUAACUUGUAGAUAUUGUUGAUUGGUGGUUUUUGAAAUGUCUGCUUAGACCUGAGUUCUGACGUGACGUCAUAGUCACAUGGCGGCAUAUCCCUCCCUCAACAAUCGAGGAUUAUGUAAGUUUUCCUUCAAUGCUGGACAUAUACUUGAUAAUAGAUCAGUUUCAUCUAUCAAAAUUAAAUAAUGAAAGUAUGUAUAUUAUUAUUAUUUAAGUAGGUAUAUUUACAGUGUUUUUACCAUUGUAAAAACACUGUAAAUAUAUCUAAUGAGAUUAUUAAAAUAAUAGUUUUAUUAUCUGUAUGUUUCGUGACCGUAAACGCCGACCACCAUGUUGUGACGUCACACAAUAGAAACUAUUUGUUCUUAGCAACACACCAACGAUGCAGACUAUGAAAGGUCAUUUAUAUAUUUAUUGAAAUCAUUGUAUGUUAUUAGGAGGUCACGAUCAUGGCGGGUCCCUUUUAGGCGUGACUAUUUUUAUCGUUUAAAUUUAAAACAAUUAUUCCUAGCAUACAGUGGAAUUAUUUUGAGGAAAUAAAAAUACCAGUUGUCUAUCGAAUCUUUACGAUAAUUUUAGAAUAUAUUUAAAAUAAAAUCCAACAGUAACCUGUUGUUUGUAAGGAAUGUGUUGACCAGGGAAGUUUUAUUGGACGUUGUCUUAAUUAUUGUUAUAAAGUAAAAUAAUGUAGAAGUUCAGUAUAAUACAGUUUGGUCAGUUGUGUGACGUGAAAGUUAUGGAGAAAUGGCAAUAGUGUUUAUAAUUUUGGCAAAAUUAUAAACACUUUAAAUUUAAAAUGAGUGCGUAAAUAUAUAUCUAUGUGAGUAUUUUAGGAGUGCCAAUAAAUUUUAAGUGUUUUCCAGAUUUAAUUGUUUAUUAUGGGGAUAGUUGUAUAGUAUCAAAUAAGAGUUCUAAAUUACCUUCACUAAAAACUAUCAAAAAUCAUGUAUAAUCAAAAAAUAAAUAGGUAUAUUGUACAAAAAAGUAAUAUUUAAUUAUUGUAAAGUAUAGGACAGCAAUUUACAAAGUCUCAUACACUUAGAAGAGGUUGAUAAUUUAAACGCACUUAAAAUUGAAAUAUCUGUAUUUUACAGUUUCCACUAAUAAUUUAAUACAAUUUGGGCAGCGUUACCCCUUACAAUUCACAAUGUGUAAUGUUCUCUCGAGCUGAGCGCUCUCGCUUAUAUAGGGCACGACCGUCACAGUGAUUAUGCUACCAACUGUUAGUUGGAAGUUAUUUCUAAAAUUAUAGUAAUAAUUAUAUAAAACAGUACUAACAAAGUAAGUUGUUAAAUAAAUGUUAUAAUUAAUUGGUAUGUCUAAUCUAUCAAUAUUAAUCGUGAACUUGAAAAUGUCAAAUAAUGUCAAAAUUGUCAAAUGUCUUAUGACAGUUCAUGACAUUUGUAAACACAUCAAGCUGACACUUAUAUGUGCACAGAAAAUAGUAUUAAUAUAUUUAUCUACCUGCGAUAAAAUUUACUUUAAUUGUUGAUGAAUAUAAAAUAGUUUUGUGACGAGGGUUUUAGAACAACAUUGCGUAUAUUGUAAGUUACAUGCCAAGUUGUAUCUGCACCCAUUAUGUGAACUCCAUAUACUUGAACGAUUUUGAAACCAUAGGCUGUCAGAUCAAUGAAUACUAGAGAUCGUAAAGGUGCGUACAGACUGGUGAAACAUAGCAUGAAAUGUGUCAUUCUACCUUUCAUGCAUACCGCGCUUUCGAUACGAUCCUCGCGUACGUCGACUGUUGUCACCAUUCAGCCGCGACAUAUUACGGGUUGCUUCCCGCGUGCCUUGUACUGCUCGGAGCACGUGAAAUGCACAUUUUGUACAAGACGUCCAAAGUAUGUUUACCUUUCAUGAUACUUUGAGGCGAUGUGUUCGGCGAAUUCUUUCAUUACAUGUUACGUUACAGCAAUCUGUACGCACCAUUAAGAGCUCAUUACCCUAACAACUGAAUUGAAUGAGAAAAACAAAAUUGAUGUAUAUAAUUAGAUAUUCACAUUGUUAUUUAUUAUACAAAUUGAUUUUUAUAAAUGUUAGAAAAAAGGGUAUAACUCACAUAAAACGCUAUGGUUCGGAAAUAAAAACUAUUUUUAAUAAUAUAGUAAUAACUACUUUAGUAACAGAUAUCUAUUCAUUUCAAGUUAACAUUUAAUAUAUAAUGUAAUAGAAGUAAAGUUCGUCUACGUACCUACUAGUUGUAUGCAUAUUUAGUUGGAUGUAAUGAAUUUAUAUAUUUUUCGGGUUUAUACACUUACCACUGCCUCAUUGUAUUUUUGCUACCCACUGGACCUUCUCGAUAGUAUUUAUUAUAUGUAUAAUGAUAUCGUUAGUACUGAUGUAAAUUACACGAGAUCUUCAUUCUAAAUAACUAAAGUUUUUGCACUAUGAUGCCCAUUAUUACCUUCUGCCCAUAACCUUAGGGGCCAUCCAUAAAUCAUGUUUAAGGGGAGGUUUGUGCAAUUUGAUACGCCCUGUCCGUGCCGUUCACGAUUCUUGAUUGAACCCAAAAUUCUGAGAGGCAAUACAAUUGCGCUCGUCACCUCGAGACAUAAGUCAUGUUAAGUCUCAUUUGCCCAGUAAUUUCUCUAACUAUGGCGCCCUUCAGACCGAAGACAUAUUACUGCUUCACGGCAGAAAUAGAUGCCGUUAUGGUAGUCAUAAUCUAGCCGACAUCCUGUGCAUUGAAGCCUCCCACUUGUAGAUGCCCUAUUUCGCCUGUUAUGGCACCCUUGAGCCUGGGACUUCCCUAUUAUUUUUAUGAUCCGAGGAAGCACAGGCCGUGACAUGAGUCAUUUUCACCUUCCAGGCUUCUUCCAAGAUUUACCUAUGCAUGAAUUCCAUAGUUUGGCAGGGAGCUAUCGGAUAUUAUUAACCAACUUCCAAAUAAACAGUAGGUAAGCAUCACACUAAGUGUGUCAUUCAUUUUAUGUGAAGUUUGACUAAAUCUAAUCGCAAAGUAUGUUGGAGUCUUAAAAUGUUUCGAAAAUUAAUUCAAAUAUAUAACGAAAUGUAAAUUGUUAAAAGUAAUUUAAAUGCAUAAUGGAUAUUUCGAAUUUUGUAUUUGCAUUUUCAAUACUUUCAAGUAUUUCUAAUAAGUCAUAUCUCUGAACAAAUUUACAUUUUUUUUUCUUUUUUGUUUACUUGAGGGCAUUACGUAAAAGCCACUCGCUGGGAUCCAAACGGUAUUGCUCAAAAAUAUAAUGCUUAGUUAGUUGAAAUCAUCAAAAUCAAACCACCAAAUCUUGAAAUAUAGUUUUUAAAAUUUAGUUCGAAAGUCAGUGUAGUUGGCACAUAAGUCGCGACUGAACAUGUCAGAGGGUAGCGGGCUACGGCAGUCUGACCGUCUGUCACACCGUGGGACGGUCGCGCAUAAAGUCCCAAGGGUGCCGUGAGAGGCAACUUAGGGCAUUCACCAGUGGGAGGAUCCUUUGCACCGGAUGCCGGCUAGAUUAUUAGUACCACAACGACGCCUAUUUGUGCCGUGAAGCAGUAAUGUGUAAGCAUUAUUGUUUCGGUCUGAAGGGCGCCGUAGCUAAUGAAAUUACUGGGAAAAUGAGACUUGACAUCUUAUGUCCCAAGGUGAGGAGCGCAGUUGUAGUGCCGCUCAGAAUUUUAAGGUUAUUCAAUAAUCUUGAGCGGCACUGCAUUGUAAUGGGCAAGGCGUAUUACGCCCUCGUCUCGUCCCUUAUUUUCUUAAAAAUUAAAAUAAAAAAAGCGACCAGCUGUGUUGAGGACACUUUUUAAAUAAAUCAUAAAAUUUGUGAUGGCACCUUUCGUAAACAUUUAUUUUAUUUAAAUCGUGUAUAUCGUUUAAAUAGUGUGAAACGCGUUUUCGCGUAAUUCAAAUUUAAUAUUAUUGAAGUCCUGUUAUGUCUGAGAAUCUAUUAUGAUUUAUAAAUAAGUUUGUGUAGUGUGUACAUACUGACGAUGUCAUUUGACUUACUUAAUAAUAUUUAAAUCACAUUCCAACUUAUGAUCGUCUGUCAAGUCGUGCUUAGUUAUAAUUUUAAAAGAUAUUGUUAUAUAUAUAGAUGGUAUCGCUGUUUCAAUGUUUGCCUUAAUAAUUUCUUAGUUUUUGGCUUUAAUAAUUAGUGAUAUCAUAUCCUAUUUUGAAUACAAAUAUCUAUGUUGAAUUUGAAUUUAAUCAAACUGAAAAAGCUAUUUAUUCAUGGUGGUCAUUAAAAAAAACUUGAGAUAUUUACCAUUUGCCACCACUUCGGAAAAAUUGAUCUCUGUGGCCGUGCCGUACCGGGCCAUCAAAAUAAUAUACCGGGUCGCAACAUUCCCGCCUUAUUUAAAAAAAAUAAAAAAGAUGUGGUGUCGUGGGACUCCAGGUAGGAACGAAGUUCCUUCGGCUAAUGUAGAUCUACACAAUUUGUAAAAAAAAAAAUCUUAUUCAAUUUUAUGUAGGUUUUCUUGAUUUUUCUCUUAAAUUUUGCAGAUUAGUUUUUAUUUAAGUACAGGAAAGUAUUUAGGAAAUUCAGUAUUUUAGGAAAUAAUAAAUUACGUAAAAUAAAAAAAAAUCGUAAUCCAAAUUAUCAAUUAAAAUAACAAAAUAUGUCUCUUUAUUUUUGUUUGACAACAUAAAAUUACAUAGAAAUAGAAACGACUGUCGCGCCUGCGCACGUCUCAUUUAACGGUUUUAUUCCACGGACUUUUUCUUACGGUUUUACUAUCACAUUUUUUUCAGUUCGGUCCCGCAGCAAAAUCCCUUAUAUCCUCCAAGCCUGCCGUAAGGAACUUCGUUCCAAAAAGUCCAUAAAAUAAAACUCGUCAUUUCCGCAAACUUGGAUUCGUUAGUAAAAAAUAAGCAACAGCUACAUACUUGACACUAAAAUUUAGUGAAUAAAUAGAUAAAAAUGUAAUUAGUACUAAAAAAAACAUUUUCACUAUUUAUAAAUGUGUAUUAUUUUGGCUUGGAUUUAAAUGUAAGGUGGGUCACGAAGGCACAGUGUGAAACCAAGCAUUAGAAUAAUGUUUGGGACACACUGAUACAGAUAAUUAAUAUUCGUUAUUACUUUCAAUAUAAUAUAUAUUACUACCGCCAUCGAGUUCCACGAUGAGGUGAAAUUAACAAUAAUAUUUUAAAAGAAUAUUAACUAAUUGUAGUUAGAUUCUAUUUUGUGUAUAUUAUAUAUAACUAUGAAAUUGUAAAAUAGCACAUUAUUUAGAAUGUAUUUAAUUAAAAUUGGAUGUAAUACUUAACAUUUUAUUUUUAUGUUCAAUGUUUUAAUUAUUAUAUUGAAGUAAUGAAUUUAGUAUUUAAUAAACACAUCGUUUUCAGGAUCAUAUUUCCACAAUCGUUAAGUAAAUGUUAUGUUAUUUUUUUUUUCACAAAAUUUAUUCCUAAAGAAUACUUUUUGACUCUAAAUAUAAAUUAAUAUUUAAGUAAGAUAAAACAUUAUUUGCAAAUAUUGAAGUGCCGAAAUUGACACAAUACUUAGCCAGGGUCAAUUGAACAAGUUGAUAUAUUUAUAUGUGGUGUGGAACCAUUUAUAAUUAAUUGAUUAUUAAAAGUAAAUCUAUUUAUAACUCCGACAACUAAACGAGAUUUUAUUUUGUAGUAAGGGGAAUGCCUAUUUUAGGCUAUCAAACUCCCAGUAAUUUACUUUCAUUAAAAAAAAACUUCAUAUUUUUUUUUACAAUAAGACGACAUAUUACUUAUUUUUACGAAUCAAUGCUGCCAAUUACUAAUUACGAAGCUAUUUACUUGAUUUAAUCGAUUUUAAACUUGUUAGUUAUCUAUUUGUUACAAUAUGAUGUUAUUGUUUCAUCACACAGGUUUUAAAUAACAGGAUAAUGUGAAUAGCUUUUGUUUUAUAAUGCCAUCAUACAGCCAUAAUAUACCUAUUAAUAGAUAAGAUAAGAUCAUUUAUUUGUAGUCAUGGGUAUACAUAGAUGUUUCAAAUCACAAUAAAAUUUCUCCAUUCCUUGCCCGCAUGCUGUGGCGUACAAAUAGUAAUUAAUAACAAGUCAAACAAAUAUAUUUAUAUACACAAUGACAGUUAAUUGAUAUACAUAUCAAUAAUUGAAUAUUUUGAAAUAACAAGUGAAAUUGGUAAAAAGAAAUUAAAUUAAGUAAAAUGUUAUUUAAAAAAAUGUUAAUUGAGUGUUGUAUCUGAAAAGAAGUCUUUUAUGGAAUAGUACGAUUUUGUCACUAGCACAUUAAAUAGUUUCUUUUUAAAGCACGUCAACUUAAGUUCUGUGAUAUGUGUUGGUAUCUUGUUAAAUAUUCUCGGCGCCAUUUCAAAAACACUAUUGUACAUCGAAGCUGUGUUGCUGCCAUGUAAACGUAAUCUAUUCUUGCUUCUCGAAUUUAUAUUGUGGAUUUCAGAUGUAGUAGGUAUCGUUGCACAAUGCGGAUUGCAUUGUCCUUUAGGUCUAUUAUAUGUAUUAAAACAAUGAGAAUGUAAUUCAGUUAUCAAAUGGCAGAACAAACUAUAUUGAGCUACUGUGAUCUGUUCAAAUUAUCAUCAAAGAGUUCAAGAAGAGAUUUUUUUUACCAAUAAUAAUAAAUUUUAGAUUUCAAUAUUGUUGUUCGCUCAUGUCUAGCGUGGCGCUAUUUUUCAUACUACAUAAGCUUAAUCAUAAAAAACUAUAUCUUAAAAAUUAAAGUAAAUAACUGAAAUUUUCAAACAAAGAAAUUAGAUAUUUAGGAAACAAAAUUUUAAGAAGUUACCUACUUGUUGCGAAUUGUCUCGUUCAGAAAAUAUAUUACUGAAAAUUCUUUUGUGUAAGUGAAACAUGUAUUUUUAUUUUUGAAUUAUUUUGAGGUGAAGCUUUUAUACAGACGUACCUACGGGCUGCUCGCCACGCAUGCUCACUAGCCGAGCGUCAGUCAAAAUGUAGCGUUACACGAGAACGUCAGAUUUAAGACCGUUACACGAUAUGUUUUAGUUUAAUGUCGCCAUUGUUACGCCUGCUCUGUGUAUACUUUUGUUCUGGUUCCAUGCUCACAUGUCUAUUAUUGAAGUCCUCUGUGGCCAUGUCAUCACAUCCCGAACUAAAGCCAUAUCUUAUGUAAUGUAUAUUAAUAUUUUAAUUAGUUUAUCUUAUAAAUUAAUAAUUACUGGUGAUAAAGUUAUUCCAAGUAAGAAAUUAAGCAUGUGUGUUAUCUAGUUUUUAUCAGAAGGCAUUUUAUAUAGAGCUGGUACUAUACAAGUUUUAAUGUAGAUCCAUUAUCAAACUGAAGAUUAUGUAUAAAUAAAUUGUAAAAAUUG